UCCAUUAUUCAAUGAAAGUUGUUGUUUGGGUUGAGCAGUAGCUGAAAAAGGAGUUCAAAAUGUACAGGAUAACAGUGAAUAGUGUGAAAAAGUUUAUCAGUGGUUCUAAAAUAUCAGAAAAAGCCUUAGAGAGGCAUUUAGCGACGGUUAAAGAAGUAUUCCCUAACAAAACAGAUUUCCCUGCAAGGCACAUUGGUCCGCGCAAAACGGAUGUGGUUUCUAUGUUAGAUCUCCUGGGAUUUAAGUCCUUAGAUGAGCUGACAAACAAAGCAGUUCCUAAAGCCAUUCAACUAAAUCGUGAUCUGGAGUUAGAUGAAGCUUUGAAUGAACAUGACCUUAUCAAUAGAAUCCGCAAUAUCGCUCAAAAAAAUGAGAUCUGGCGUUCUUACAUUGGAAUGGGAUAUCACAACUGUUAUGUGCCACAUACGAUAUUGAGAAAUCUAUUUGAGAAUCCUGGCUGGACAACACAAUAUACCCCCUACCAGCCAGAAAUCGCCCAAGGACGCCUUGAGUCGCUUCUCAACUACCAAACAUUGGUCACUGAACUUACAGGUCUCGAAGUGGCCAAUGCUUCACUACUGGAUGAAGGAACUGCAGCGGCGGAAGCAAUGUCUCUAUGUACUAGACAUAAUCGCCGAAAGAAAAUUUACCUUUCAAAUCGUCUACAUCCACAAACAAUUUCCGUGGUGAAGACUCGUGCUGUUGCUUUGGAAAUCGAAGUGGAAAUUGGACCAAUCACUGAAGCUAACUUAGCGAGCCGGGAAUUGGCUGGAAUUCUUAUUCAAUAUCCUGACACUUACGGCGAAGUGAAGGAUUUUACCGAGAUAUCAAAAAUUGCACAUAAAAAUGGGAGCCUAGUAGUUGCUGCAACAGAUCUCCUGGCUUUGACUCUCUUGCGUCCGCCAGCAGAAUUCGGUGCCGAUGUUGCAAUUGGGACUUCCCAACGGCUCGGUGUUCCACUUGGAUAUGGUGGUCCGCAUGCCGGGUUCUUUGCUUGUAGACAAAAUUUGGUGCGGCUAAUGCCGGGGCGCAUGAUUGGAGUCACACGAGAUAUGGACGGACAUGAUGCUUAUCGUUUGGCUCUACAAACCCGUGAACAACAUAUUCGUCGUGAUCGGGCUACAAGUAACAUCUGUACAGCUCAAGCUCUUCUAGCCAACAUGUCUGCAAUGUAUGCAGUCUAUCAUGGACCCGGAGGAUUAAAGAAUAUCGCGAAAAAUAUCCAUCAAUCUGCUUUGGCUGUUCAAACUGCCCUGGAGAAUGCUGGACAUACGCUAAGUAAUAAGAUUUUCUUUGAUACACUCCAUGUCACACCCAACGGGAUUAGCGUGGAUGAGAUUCGCGAGAGAGCUGAGCAAAAGAAGAUUAACUUCAGAUAUUUCAAUGAUGGUUCUGUAGGCAUUUCUUUGGAUGAGACUGUUAAGACAAGUGAUAUUGAAGAUAUUCUGGGAGUGUUUGGAUGUAAAAAUCUGACCGACGUAUUGUCUGAAGAUAAAUUCUUAUCGAAUGCUAUAGAAAACACACAAUACCGUCGAACGUCUUCAUUCUUGACCCAUCCAGUUUUCUCCAGCCAUCAUAGUGAAUCCCGUAUGGUCAGAUAUAUGAAACAGUUGGAGAACAAGGACAUCUCUUUGGUUCACUCAAUGAUUCCUCUAGGAUCUUGCACAAUGAAAUUGAAUUCCACAACAGAAAUGAUGCCAUGCUCCUUCCGUCAUUUCACAGAAAUUCAUCCUUUUGCUCCAGUAGAACAAGCUAAAGGAUAUCACCAAAUGUUCCGAGAGCUGGAGAGAGAUCUUUGUGAGAUUACCGGCUACGAUAAAAUUUCAUUCCAACCAAAUAGCGGAGCCCAAGGAGAGUAUGCAGGAUUGAGAGCUAUCCGCAGCUAUCACGAAGCUCAAGGGGAAGUCAAUCGAAAUAUAUGUUUGAUUCCAAUAAGUGCUCACGGAACGAAUCCAGCUUCAGCGCAAAUGGCCGGUAUGAGAGUGGAACCGAUUAGGAUUCGCGCAGAUGGAAGUAUAGACAUGGUACACCUCAAGGAAAAGUUGGCCGAACAUGAAAAGGAAUUAUCUUGUUUGAUGAUCACAUAUCCCUCGACAAUGGGCGUGUUUGAGGAUACGGUGGCGGAUAUUUGCAAGUUGGUUCAUAAACAUGGCGGUCAAGUGUAUUUGGAUGGUGCUAAUAUGAAUGCUCAAGUUGGAUUGUGUCGUCCUGGAGACUAUGGAAGUGAUGUGUCUCAUUUGAAUUUACAUAAAACUUUCUGUAUUCCACAUGGAGGUGGUGGUCCCGGAAUGGGUCCAAUUGGUGUUAAAGCUCAUUUGGCUCCACAUUUGCCAGGACAUCCUGUUAUUAGCCCUCUGGAUAACGAAGAGCACAGUUUUGGUGUUGUGAGUGCUGCACCAUUUGGUAGUUCAGCUAUUCUACCCAUUUCAUGGUCUUAUAUUAAGUUGAUGGGAGGUCGUGGUUUAAAACGUGCAACUCAAGUUGCCAUCCUUAAUGCUAAUUAUAUGUCGAAGAGGCUCGAGAACCACUAUAAAACUCUGUUUAAACACCCAAAAACAGAUUUAGUUGCCCACGAAUUUAUUCUAGAUAUUCGUGAAUUCAAAAAGACAGCAAAUAUUGAAGCUGUUGAUAUUGCAAAACGGCUAAUGGAUUAUGGCUUUCAUGCCCCAACCAUGUCCUGGCCAGUAGCUGGAACUUUGAUGAUUGAACCAACAGAAUCUGAAGAUAAACAAGAAUUAGAUAAAUUCUGUGAAGCCAUGAUAUCAAUUCGAUAUGAAAUUAAAGAAAUUGAAGAUGGUAAAUGGGAUAAAAUGACGAAUCCAUUGAAGAUGGCUCCACAUCCACAGAGACAGGUGAUAAGUUCGGAAUGGAAUCGACCGUAUACGAGGGAGCAGGCAGCUUUUCCAGCGAGUUUUGUGAAGGCAGACACUAAAAUGUGGCCCACAGUGGGAAGAAUAGACGAUGCGUAUGGCGAUAAACAUUUAGUUUGUACAUGUCCACCAAUUCUACCUGAGUUUUAAGGAUGUGCAUUAGAUAUAUAAUUGUUAUAUUUAAGAUUUAAUUGUAAGUGUUAUUUUGAUGUAUAAAUAUUUUGCAAGAUA